UGGAAGAGUCUUGGGCCAAAGUGGAUGGCGGACAGGAUGGAGGCGACCUUGGAGCAGCACUUGGAGGACACAAUGAAGAAUCCGUCCAUUGUUGGAAUCCUGUGCACAGAUUCACAAGGACUUAAUCUGGGCUGCCGUGGGACCCUGUCAGAUGAACAUGCUGGUGUGAUAUCUGUUCUAGCCCAGCAAGCAGCUAAGCUAACUUCUGAUCCCACUGAUAAUCCUGUGGUGUGCCUAGAAUCAGAUAAUGGGAACAUUAUGAUCCAGAAACAUGAUGGCAUCACAGUGGCAGUGCAUAAAAUGGCCUCCCGACAUCUCAUAUCAGCUCUUAGUAACGUUUCAUAGGGACUCAAUGCUAACUAUGUUGAUGAUCUUACAGAAUUACUUAAGUUUCAGCAGUUAGGCUAUUCAUUUAAUGGACAUUGGGCACUUUUCUAUUUAUUUUAGAGAAAGUUGCUUCUUAACUAACUCUAUGGACCGACUAACCUAUCAAGAUACUAAAUAUUAGUAAGAAAGGAUCAUGUUUUUAAGCAGCAGGUCCAGGUCACUUUGUAUAUAGAAUUUUGUUAUGUUUAAUAAAUCUGUUUGGAAGAAAAAAAAAAAAAGAAC